AUGACGGACAGCGAGAUCUUGCGCACGGGCGUGUUGUUCAAAAAGGGGUCGGGCUCUGGUCCCUUUGGUCGCAAGAACUGGAAGCCGCGGUACUUUGUGCUCACGACGUCUCGUCUCCAGUACUUUACGUUCGAAGACGGCGAAUUAAAGGGCGAAUUAAGUCUCCAGGGCUGUGACGAGGGCGUGUUGGAGGUUAUGCCUGCAGACAGUAUGAAAACUGGCAGCAGUGCGUCCACCAUCUGGCGCGUGGCAAUCAAUGCGCCCGAGCGUCGUCUGCUCGUUGCAGCUGGCACGGAAAUGGAGAUGAAUGAUUGGGUGGAUAAGCUCGUGCUGGCGUUUCGCCUGAACGCAGGGCAGCCGGUUCUCCAGCGCGCGUCGAUGCCUGCGUCGUCGUCGUCAUCGUCGUCGUCCUGUCUCUUGACCAGUAUGCCCCACAAUAAUGGUACCACUGGUCCUGCUACUUUGUAUGGCAAUCUUACCACCAGCAAUAGUAGUGCCAUGAAUUGCAAUCCCUCGAUCCGGGAUUUUCAAAACUUUUCGGUGCCAAGGCGAGGGAUGGGCCAACGACAUAGUACGGGGAUGGAUACACGCUCGAUGACAGGCCAAGAUGAGAGCGAGUAUUACUCUGGAAGAGGAGGAGGAGGCGGGAGGUUGUCCAUGGCAGAGAGUCGACGAAACACGACAACGACAACGACAACGAUGAGGAUGAAAAAGCAGGAACAAGAGCAAGAGCAGAAAGGGCAGCGAGACGAGUUGCCGGUUCAAUUACUACCACAAGAUGAAGACGAAGAAAAAGAAGAAGAUGGUGCAGAAAAAGGACAAGCCCCGUUAUGGUCAAUUCGAAAAACCGCCGACUCUGACUCAGAUUCGGUCUCAGACUCCGACGGCAGCGCCGCUGCUCAAGAUGCUGCAAUGCGUCGACAGCUGGCGUUGCAGCAGGAAGAAGCGGUUCAUGCAGCAGCAGAAGACGUGCAGUGUCAAGAAGAGCGCGAGAGAGUGGCGGGUCUGGACCAGCAUCUGAUCCAGAGCAAGCGACUGGAGGAAGAGGCGAUGCGCGAGCAGGAGCUCGAGCUGCAGCAGCGAGAAGAGGACGUGCUGGAGCAGCAGCGACGUCGGAAGCGCGAGAAACACGCGCAGCGACGUGCAGAGCACGAAAAGACCGUCAAGUUGAAGCUGCAGCUCGAGCAGGAGCAGGAGCAGAAGGACAGUGGGGUGGACGAGAGCGAUGCGCACGAGCAGGACGGGAUUGGCUUGGUGAUGGCUGGUGCUGAUAGCAGCGAUCAAUGUGGCGAGGAGGCGGGGGCUGGGGCUGUGCCGCGGUCGUCUCUGGUUGGCGACGUGAAGCGUCAGAUGAUCCACAAGCAGCAGGCAGAGCACCAACGCCGUCGUGAAGCUGCGCUAAAGCACGCAGCUCUGGAGCAGCAACGGCUCAAGAUGGAGCAAAUGGGUGUUGUAGAUGGGAGUGAGGGGGAGGUGGUGGCUGCACGCGAGGUGGAAGCAGCACCUCGUGAGAUUGAAGUGGUGCGACGAGUGCCGGUGAAGAAGCAGGCGCCAGUGGCGGCUCCGACGGAGAGUUUUGAGUUUUAA